AUGCGUUUCUUCGCCUCUCUCCCGCUGGUCCUUCUCUCCCUGAUCAGCUCGACGCAAGCCCAAUUUGGCUUCUUCGAGCAAAUGUUCGGUGGCCAACAGCAACAGCAGCAACCCCAGAACGUCCCCAGCGACCCCUCGCAAUACCAGCAACGAUACGAAGGAUCCUACUGCGAACACUAUCUUUGCCCUGACACACUCGCCUGCGUCCACUUCCCGCACCACUGCCCCUGCCCCUGGCCCGCAAACCAAGACAAGUUUGAGCUCGCCGAGGGCAACCGGAUCUGUGUGUCACGGGGUGGUUUCUCUGCUGGUGAGGCUGCGAGAAAGGUCGAGCUCGCGCGUAAGGGCUUGUUGUAA